AUGGGCCAGAAGAUCUCGGGCAGCAUCAAAUCCAUGGACAUACGCGGAGAGCCUUCGUACCGCCCCGUGCGACGAGAACUCCGCGGCCCGGAUUUCUGCAGACCUCCCAGACUGGACCUGCUGCUGGACAUGCCGCCCGUUAGCCACGAAAUCCAACUCAAACACGCCUGGAACCCGGACGACCGAUCGCUAAACAUUUUUGUAAAAGAGGACGAUAAAUUGACUUUUCACAGACACCCGGUGGCACAGAGCACGGACUGUAUACGAGCGAAAGUAGGAUUUACCAGAGGUUUGCACGUUUGGAGAGUCCAUUGGCCGGCCAGACAGAGGGGCACCCACGCCAUUGUUGGAGUAGCUACAGCCGAGGCCUCUCUGCAUUCUGUCGGAUAUACGGCUUUAGUGGGAUCGGACUCGGAAUCUUGGGGUUGGGAUUUGGGAAGGAACAGACUCUACCACGACGGGAAGAACCGACCGGCAUCCGCACAGGCACCGACGUAUUCUUGUUUCCUGGAGCCGGACGAGUCGUUUGUGUUGCCGGAUUCGCUCAUGGUGAUUUUGGACAUGGACGAGGGCACGUUGAGCUUCAUGGCGGACGGACAGUAUCUGGGCGUGGCGUUCCGCGGGCUGAAGGGGAAGAGGCUGUACCCCAUCGUGAGCGCGGUGUGGGGCCACUGCGAGGUCACUAUGCGAUACGUCAACGGCCUGGAUCCGGAGCCCCUCCCACUCAUGGACCUGUGCAGACGAGUGGCCCGUGUGGCUUUGGGACGCGACCGCAUCCACCAAAUCGAGACGCUCCCUCUGCCCCAGACGCUGAAAAACUACCUCCAAUACCAGUGA